UUUUCACAUUUGGCACCAAGAAAAGUUAGAACAAAAAAGAGAAAUUUAGGUGAAGCAAUGGAUAGCAAAAUGGUUUUUGCCUUGCUCUUGGUGAGUCUUGCACUACUACUUCUGUUUCCAUCAAUAAAUUGCAGUACAGGGAUAGGAGAUACAGCAGGUGGUGGUGAGUUCCCUGAUUCUUUUCGUGCAGUUUCAGACUGCAGUUUCAGUUCUUCAGUUGAGUUCCAACAAGAACAGCAUAUUGCUUGGGAGAUGAGCAUACGCGGUUUUAACGGCAUAACUGGACCUAAAAUGGCGUUAACCUUCCAAGAUUUGUACGGUAAUUCUACUCCGGUAGUACUUUCAGCUUUCUACGGAGACAAAAAAGGCCACAUGGAUGAUAUAGAUAUUGUCACCCUCGUUUUAACUUACUGUUCGAACAACAAGAUGCGGAAGCUUUGGGCCCUUAUUAUAAUGGAUGACCCUAUAUCACUCUCAACAACGUCCUCGCCACUUCUAGGCACUAUAAACAAUACAUUUCGUGGAACCUACAGAAGCCAGGACUCGAGUUCCGGUGGCGCCGGAAAUAAGAUGAUCGACGGGGCACUGGUGAUAUCAAAUACUACCCAGUUUUUGAGCGUAAAUAUUAAUGACAAGAACUACAGAACACUCACAGAGCUUUAUAACUCUUUUGAUGAACUGGUUGAGAAGGUUGUCGUUGAGGUAUCGCAUAGAUAUAUAAAGAAGUGGUUUCAUAGAGCGGUUGGUGACAUAGAAAUUACAGCAGAUCAUAACCAGCCUCGGGUAUUCUAUCAGCGACGUUCGGAAUCACGGUUCACGAUGGUAGUUAAGGCAAAACCCAACGAAUUGGACAGAUUUUGGUGGUUCCUAAGCCCCUUCACACUAGAGAUGUGGCUUACUUUAGUAGCUUUGAGUGUAUUUACAGGAUUUGUUACCUGGAUAAUUGAAGGGCAGAACGAGGAUGGGCCUAAUUUGGUAGAAGCUCUGCUAUUCUUUGUGCAUAGAGAUGCACCAAGGAACAGAUUAACUAAUUUUGUGCAGGUCCCAUGGUUAUUCCUGGUCCUGGUUGUCACUUCAACCUAUACAGCGAGUUUUUCUUCCACGGUUACAAGCUCAGAAACUAAGCCACCUUGCUUAGAUAUGGAAAACCUCAAGAUAACAAAUGCUAUUAUCGGUUGUGAUGGAGAUUCUAUUAUCUUCCGUUAUUUAGUUGAAACCCUUGGGUUCAAACGAAAGAAUAUCAAGAACAUCGCUCAAUCUUCAAUCGAUGAUUACGCAGAGGCUCUAUCAACUGGGAAUAUAAAGGCUGCAUUCUUUUCAACGCCUCAUGCCGAUGUUUUCCUCGAGAAAUACCGCAAAGGCUUCAGCGCGUGGGAACCAAUCCGUAAUCUACGCGAUUCCACAAUUGUGUUUCCACGGGGUUCUCCUUUUGUUUCAGAGAUGUCUAAGUUCAAGCAAAUGAAGGGAUACAUGCUAUCUUUUUUGGAUUGUUCAGGUUCAACAAUUGAUGGCACCAUGAAACAAGGAAUAGGACCAGGCCCCUUCUCAGGUUUGUUUUUUUUAUCAGGCGGUGCAUCUGCAAUUGCGAUGUUAAUCACGGUCAUUCGUCUGAUUGAAAGACGUUGGGAGAACUACAUUCAGAGAAUGUUGAUGGGUAGAGAACUUUGGGUGUGGCUCACUACUCUGUUUCCUCGAAACCAGAGGAGAAAUGAGCUUCAAAUUCAAGUCCAAGGAUAAGUUCCCCCUUCCAAACACAACCCAGCAGCUCCUGGUACAUUAUUAUAGUAUCGACUAACCCAUCAAAUUAGCAUACCAAAAAGGGCAGGGGUUAGAUUUCAUUUCCCUUCACUUUGAUUAGCAUAAUUACACGAGUAAAUAAGGUGGCGUGGGUUGCCACAUGACCUUAAUCCAAAUGAUAAAGUUGGUGUGGGGUUUGUUUUUGAGAUGCUAAUUAUAUACUUGAGAAGUCCUUUUCUUCCUUAUACUGGAUUGAUAUUUUCUUUCUUGAA